GUGCCCCCCUCAUAUCUGCGUGCACGACUCUCUCCUCCGCAGUGCACUGCUGGACAGCGCCGAGUGCGGAGUACAGGACAGGACAGGACAGGACCAUUCGCGCGCAUCAGCGAGGGCACGCGCUUUCGUACAGUCCUAAAGUCCCAAACACCAACCACGCACGAGAGCAGCAGCCACAUGGAGCUAAAAUGAACUGUCGGACGGCUGAUCUUCACUUCACGACUCACACUUACAGAUUUACAGUUUGAGAGGGAAGGGACAUCUCAGACAUGGACACCUUGGUGUGGAUCUUGAUUUGUGGAGCGCUGGGGCUGGUGUUUGGCUCUAAGCUGGAGCUAGCCGUGGACGAGGAGUGUGAGUCGGGGAGUUACACUCGCAGCGGGGAGUGCUGUUUGCAGUGUCCUCCAGGAGAGGGAGUGGUCAAGGAGUGCGGGGCCACCCAGACCGAGUGCAGUCAAUGCUUAGACAGCGAGACAUUCUCUGAAACGUUCAGUCACACAGAGAGAUGUCAGACGUGUAGAGAGUGCACAGGUCUCAUGCGUAUGCAGACCCCCUGCACCGACUCGAACGACGCUGUGUGUGUGUGCAACUACGGCUACUUCAUGAACGACCUGAGGGCCCAGUGCGAGCCCUGCACUGUGUGUCCCCACGGUCAGGGAGUGCUGUUUCGCUGCGAGCACUCCCACGACACGGCCUGUGAGGAGUGUCUGGGAGACACCUACUCUGAUCGGGAGAGCUCGCUGGACCCCUGCAUGCCUUGCACCAUCUGCGAGGAGGGGAUAGAGAUUCUCAUCAGGAAUUGCACACCCUAUGAAGAUGCAUGGUGCCAUGAUCCGUUGAGUCCUACCUAUCCCGCUUUCACUGAGGAUUCUAGUUCAUUUGUCACUGAUCCGAACCGUUUGUGGAGCCCCAGCCCUGGAGACGACAACACCACACCCAAACCCAGAUCUCCUCACUUUAUUAGUAAAAGGCUAAACGAGAACCUGAUUCCCAUCUACUGCUCCAUCCUGGCAGCGGUCGUGGUCGGCCUCCUGGCUUACAUCAUCUUUAAGAGGUGGAACAGCUGCAAGCAGAAUAAACAGGCAGCUAAUAAUCGUGCAGCCACAGCCAAUCAGACACCGUCUCCAGAGGGAGAGAAGCUGCACAGUGACAGUGGCAUCUCAGUGGACAGCCAGAGUCUGCAGGAGCAGCAAGCACAGACGCAGACGCAGACACAGACGCAGACGCAGAUCGUGGUGAGAGUGGAUGGGGGGGGCUCAGCCUGACUCUCCCCAACCUCAGGGCUAACCAGUGAAGAAGAGGAAGUCACGUUAUCAAUAUAACAAUACAGAGGAGAGGAGAGAUUGGAGAAGGAAACAAUGGAGGAGUGAAGCCAUGACAGCCAACCGGCAAGGGACGCCGAUACUUAAAUGACCAGACCUUUGAUCCUUUUGAACCUAGCACAGACAAUACGUUGUUAAAUGGUUCAACAGCACCACAUCAAUGGAUCCACAUCAAAGUUAAGACUCACCGGCCUAAAGUAGCUAUUUCUAAACACAAGCCUAUUACCCGUAAGAAAGUUCACUAUAAUGUAUACUGAAACCCACCACAAACUUUGAUGAAUGUUUAACAUAUACUGGGUUUCUCAGAUGUAUUAAUGUGACCUUGUGACACAAACUCUGGAUGUCUUCGGCUUCACAAGAGAACAUAAAGAGAUGGCCAUCACAGGCUUCAUGGAUAUCGCGCAAUUUAGCAGCCGCACCAUGGUUCGUCUACCUGGAGCCUUCUGCCUGAUCUAAUAAGGAUUUAGUUUUUGCCUUAUCUUUGAAGUAUUCAUAGAUUUUGUCUACAACAUCAAGGCCCUUUAUUUAAUCAUAAUUGUAUUUGUACCCAUUUUCAUUCAGCCAUUUCCAGGUGUGUUAAAACUUCGGGGGGUUGUAUGCAGUUAGCGCAUACCAGUCACCAUCUUGUUUCAAAGCAGCUGAUCGCAGGUCAGCGUUUAUGGGCAACAACUCACGACUGUGACAUUUGUUGACCUUUACUAAUGUAAUGACUCAGAU